UUUUAUAAAGUGGCGCUUUCUUCUGGUUUCCCAGGUCAGUCGGCGCUCGUCACCGCUUCGGCCCCGCUCGCUGGAUGACCGCACGAGUUGCAGCGGAGCAAGAUGAUGAAGGACCCCAAGGAGCAGGCCUACUGGCAGGAGACGGGACGAUGGGCGGGGGCCGAGGAGAGCUUGGACCCCCGCUCCGGCGUGUGGGCCACCUCGCCUGUCUCCUACCUCACCUUCAAGAGUCUGGUCCAGCUGCGACGCUCCAUGAACACCGGCGUGGUGCUUUUUGACUGCGCCGAGAAAACCCUGGACGGCAUCGUGGACAAAAUGGUCGCCGAGAUGCUCAAACACAAGCAGAUCCGACCGGGAGACCAGGAGGGGAUGAGCGAGUGUCUGCUCCGGAACCGCGGCCAAGCAGAUGAUCCGGAGAGCCAGGCCCUGACCGAUGGGGCGGACCUCCGCAGGUUCUCCGUCAAGGAGAGGAAGGACGAAUCUGACCAUGUGGAGGCUUCGAUGGCGUUCGUCGGAGCUUUGGACUUCCUGGAAAGGCCCGUGGUGGUCUUUGUGCGUCUCAAAGAGGCGGCGGCGCUCGACUUGGCCUUGGAGGCUCCGGAGCCCGUUCGCUUCGUCUUCGUGCUGAUGGGGCCCAGCAAGACCGAUAUGGAUUACCACGAGACCGGGCGGGCCAUGGCGGCGCUCAUGGCCGAUAAAGUGUUCAACCAGGCGGCGUCUCGGGCUGAGAGCCUCCGAGAUCUGACCGACGCCGUGGGCGACUUCAUGGACUGCAGCAUCGUCAUCCCGCCGGUGGAGAUCCAAAGCGAAGCCGUGCUCACUUCCAUCGUCCACUUCCAGAAGAAAUUGCUGAAGGGCAGAGUCCACUCCUGCGAGCCCGUGUUGGACAGCAAGCCCAGUCGGCCUUCCUUCUCCGGAGCACCUCCCCCCGAAGACCCCCUUUCCCGCACGGGUCGACCAUUCGGCGGGAUGAUCCGAGACAUCCGAAGACGAUACCGCUACUACAAGAGCGAUAUUAGCGAUGCUCUCAACGCUCAGGUCCUCGCUGCCAUUAUCUUCAUCUACUUUGCGGCUCUUUCUCCCGCCAUCACUUUCGGGGGCCUCCUAGCGGACAAGGUGGAGGACAUGAUGGGCGUCCCGGAGCUUCUCAUCUCCACCAGCAUCCAGGGGAUUAUCUUCUGUUUCAUCGCCGCCCAGCCCGUACUCGUUAUCGGCUUCUCCGGGCCUCUGUUGGUGUUUGAAGAGGCCUUUUAUGCUUUCUGCAAGUCCCAGGAAAUCGAGUACAUUGUCGGUCGAGUGUGGGUGGGCGCGUGGCUGGUGCUCAUCGUGGUGCUCAUCGUGGCGUGCGAGGGAAGCUUCCUGGUGCGCUUCAUCUCCCGCUUCACCCAGGAGAUAUUCUCCAUCCUCAUCUCCAUCAUCUUCAUCUACGAAACCUUCGCCAAGCUAGCCAGGAUCUUCAAGGCUCACCCACUGACUCUGAAUUACGAUCAUCUGAACGCAUCUCUGGAAAACCCCUGGCACCCAAAGCUGGAACAGACGCUCAUCUUGGACAACGCCACCGGCAACACGAGCGUUCUCGUCAACUCUUUGACGCCGGCGUACCCCAACACGGCCUUGCUCUCCAUGUGCCUCAUGCUGGGCUGCUUCUUCAUAGCCUAUUUCCUCCGCCAGUUCAAGAACGGAACCUUUCUGCCGGGAAAGGUCAGACGUUUGUUGGGUGACUUUGGUGUGCCCAUUGCUAUUUUCCUCAUGAUUGUGGUGGACUACAGCAUCGGAGACACCUACACUCAGAAACUGGUGGUCCCUAAAGGUCUGAUGGUCUCGAAUCCGGCCAAAAGAGGCUGGCUCAUCAACCCGUUUGGCGAGCACUCACCCUUCCCCGUGUGGAUGAUGAUUGCAUGCUGCGUUCCGGCGUUGCUCGUCUUCAUCCUCAUCUUCUUGGAGUCUCAAAUCACAACCUUGAUCGUUAGCAAACCGGAAAGGAAGAUGGCCAAAGGUUCCGGCUUCCAUUUUGACCUUCUGCUCCUGGUGGGCAUGGGCGGUAUCAGCGCCAUCUUCGGCGUGCCGUGGCUCAGCGCCGCCACGGUGCGCUCCGUCACCCAUGCCAACGCCCUCACCGUCAUGAGCAAAGGAACCAAACCCGAGAUCGAGAAGGUGCUGGAGCAGAGAGUCAGCGGCAUUGUUGUGGCGCUGCUGGUCGGUUUGUCCAUUCUGAUGGAGCCCAUCCUGAAGCUGAUUCCCAUGGCGGCCUUGUUUGGGAUCUUCCUCUACAUGGGCGUCACGUCGCUAAACGGCAUCCAGCUGUGGGAUCGUAUGCUGCUGCUCCUCAUCCCCAAGAAAUACCAUCCCAAUGAGCCCUACGCCACCAGAGUGAGUACCGGGAGAAUGCACUUGUUCACCGCCAUCCAGAUCGUGUGCCUCGCUCUUUUGUGGAUUGUGAAAUCCAGUCCGGCCUCCCUCGCACUUCCGUUCAUCCUCAUCCUCACCAUUCCCUUACGCAUGUUCAUGACCGGGCGUCUCUUUACUGAGCUGGAAAUGAAAUGCUUGGAUGCGGAUGACGCUAAAGUGACAUUCGAGGAGGAGCCGGGACAAGAUGUCUACUGGGAAACUCAGAUGCCAUUGUAAGACGUAAAGAAUGGCCACUCUUCAAAAAAAAAGAAAAGAAUGACGGCUGAAAUUCCAGGUUGCAAGCAAUUGUAUUCCCAUUAGAAAAUGGCUACAAAUUAUUUCUUAUGGUUGAUUGGUAUCGCGAGAUGACAAAUCAAAAUAGUUUCGCUUUUUUUUUAAUUGCAUUUGGGUCAUUCCGCUCUAUUUGUGCCUUUCCGUCCGUCCCCAUGAAAAAAACGUAAUAUUUUACUGAAAGUCAAUAAAAUUAUUUUGAAAACCUUU